GUGAAAAUGAAAGAUAUUUAUAUAUCACCUACAAAGGCAGCAACGUUUCUUCAUUUAAUAAAUAAUGUAAGUUAUUGAAUUAUAAUAAUUAAUAGAAAUGUCCUAAAUAAACAGCAAUAUAAUUUGCCCAAAGACGAUUAUGUAAGUGGGAUACAACAACUAAAUUGGAUGGUCCUAGUACAUGUCGUAUUUUAAAACCUAAAGAUAAUAAAGAUGUAAUAAAAAGUUUAUUUAAAUUAUUUAGAAAAGAAUUAAUGGAUGGUAAAAUAUUGUUAUGGAAAUGUAUUAUGACAAUAAGGCAACAAUUGCUGAUAAAAAUUAAUUAGAGUUAGAUUUUGAUAAUGAUGCUAUAUAAAAAUAGAUAGAAAAAAAUGAGAUGAAAUUAAAGAAUGAUUUUAAAAAUAAAAUAGCUCAUUUGUAAUAAUUUUACAGAGACUUGAAUUAGAAAUAUUGUUUUAAUCCAAAUGAUCCUGAUUUCAAGAAUAAAAUAAGAAAAGCUAAAUUUGAUUUAUUAAAUAGUAGGAAUUCACCGAUUAAAUAUUUCAAAGAUAAAGGGAUGAAAUAUAUUGAAAUUUAUAAUGAAUUGAAUAAAAUGAAUAAAAAUGAUACAAGUGAUGGUCUUUUGAAGCGUUUACGUGUAUUUAACUAAGUAAGGACAGAUAAAUAUAGAGUAAAAGAAAAAUCAAUGGGAGAAAUUUAUAGGUAAAGGAAAGAAAAUUAAAGUCCUAUCCAUAAGGAAUUAUAACAUGAUAUCAAUAUAUACGGUAACAUGGAAGAAUAGAGUGAAUAGAUGUUAAAGGUAAUUGAUUAGAGUAAUGAAUUUUCAAUGAAACUUAAAAGAAAUGAAUAGAAGCCUGGAGUAUCUUAAAAAGCAAUUGUAUUUGCAGAAGAUUUUAACCGAGCAAAAUAUUUAUUCAAUUUGACAAAAUAGAAUUAGAUGUAAAAGAUGUUUGAGAUACCUGAAAUACCUUAAUUGAUGAGACCAUAAAGUAAUUCAUCAAUAAGAUUAAGGAAGAAUUUGUCAUAAUCUCCAUUAAGUUUAGAUGAGUAAUUUGAUAGUUGUUUAAAUUAAUAUGCACAUGAAGUGUUAGAAUAUUAAUAGGAAAUAUAUGAUAAAGAGAUUUCAACUGAUAACAUAGAAAGAUUAUUGUAAUAGAAGGAAAGUUUGAAAUGUAAUUAAAUGAGAAAAAUAUCAAAAACAUAUCAUACUCCUCAAGCUAGUAUUCGUUUAGAUUCUAGUAGAUAUAUUAGGAAUUAGUAAAUGUCAUCUAGAGAAAGGGAUUCUACUAAAGCUGGGAAUUCAUCUCAUUUAAAAUCAAGAAUAUAUGCUGUAAGUCCUUUUUGUAAAUGA